AUGGUCGACAUCGUCCCCCUAUCCUCCUACCCCUCGUACAUCGACCUCCUCCCCGCCAUCCAAACCUGCAACAUCACCAACCUGCCCGAGAACUACUUCCUGAAAUACUACCUCUACCAUGCGCUCACCUGGCCGCAGCUGAGCUUCGUCGCUGUCGUGCGCCCGCGCGGCGGCUACAAGACCGCUACCGCUGGCGGCCCGGGCGCCGCGGGCGAUGUGUCGGGCCAGUACCCCAAGGUCGUGGGGUAUGUUCUUGCCAAAAUGGAGGAGGAGCCCUCGGAUGGCGUGCAGCAUGGGCAUAUUACGAGUCUUAGUGUUAUGCGGACACAUCGGAGAUUGGGAAUUGCGGAGCGGCUGAUGCGGAUGAGUCAACGGGCAAUGUCCGAAUCCCACCGCGCGCACUACGUCUCCCUGCACGUCCGCAUGUCCAACACCGCCGCACUACGCCUGUACCGAGACACGCUGGGCUUCGAAGUCGAGAAGAUCGAGAGCAAGUACUACGCAGACGGGGAGGAUGCGUAUGCAAUGCAUCUGAAUCUCCAGGACCAGUGGCUGGACUGGAAGGCGAUUGAGAAGAAGGACCGGGAGCGCGAGAAGGCGGAGAAGAAGAAGAAGGGCGAGAAUGCUGAGGAGGACGAGGAGGAUGAUCAGGAUGAAGGCGACGAGGUUGGGGAGCUGGGGAAAAAGGAUGCUGAGAAGAUGAUUCGGGUCAAGGUUGGCCGCGGGCUUGGGGUUGGGGAUUUGGUGGAGAAGAAUGAGGCACAGGCGCAGUCGUGA